CCGUCGCGUAUAAUGAUCCGACUGGAAACAAGUUCUUGUUUAUGGUUAUGGGGAAGCUACGAUCCCUGACGCUGAUUCGUCGCUCUUGGUCCUUUUAAACCGAAACACAGCGGAUUCCGAUGUGUGUUGGUAAAUGGAAGGUGCGCCUUGUCUUCGUGUGUCUCAGUGUCACACACAACAGUUCAGGAGGUGUCUCCAGUCCGGAGGAGCUCUAGAUCUGAGUCUGCAUCUGUUGAAAGACUCAGAUGGAACAGUCCUCUUACCCAUAUCCCCGUCCUGUGUGUCACAGCUGGAUCUGCACUCUCUCAGAAGCAUGGUGGCCUCAGGCAGCACGUGUGAACUAGUCUGGUGUCAGGCAAAUAAAGAGAAGGGAAAGACGAGUGGCAGUAAACUCGAACAAAUCCUCCAGGAUCUGUUGGAGUCUCAUGGUGAAAGAUGGACAGAGGAGAUGAGGGCGGACCUCCCUCGCAGCUUCCAGAGGCACGGAGACCUCGUCCUAAUGGGGGACGGCUGUUUCUCCCUCCCUCUGUGGAAGAAAAUGGAUGGACAGCUGUGGAGCGCAGUGGCCGAAGGUCUGGGGGCAAAGCGUUUGGCAAAGAUGAGUCAAAUUUCCAGGGAUGGAUUUAGGUCUCCGGUGGUGACGAUGCUGUUGGGAGAGCACAGCUGGGUCAAACAUGUGGACAAUGGUAUCGGGUAUGAGUUCGAUGUCACCAAAUGUAUGUUUUCAGCUGGAAACAUAACAGAGAAGCUGCGCGUGGCUGGAUUUGACUGCACAGGAGAGACUGUGGUGGAUUUAUAUGCAGGUAUCGGAUACUUCACUCUCCCGUACCUGGUCCAUGCUGGGGCCAGCCAUGUUCACGCCUGCGAGUGGAACCCUGAUGCUGUCGAAGCUUUACAGAAAAACCUGGAGGCCAACGAGGUGUCUGACCGCUGCACGAUUCACCAAGGAGACAACCGAGAGCUCCGGCUGUGUGACGUUGCUGACCACGUGAACCUGGGUCUCAUACCGAGCUCGGAGGACGGCUGGCCUGUCGCCUGUCGCCUGCUGAAGAGGACAACAGGUGGCAUUUUGCACAUUCACCAGAACGUCACCUCGCCGUUACCGAACACUGCAGCCAUUCCAGCAAUCGAUGAUGCCGCCCACAGGGUUUCUGGGAAGAAGGCCGACAGAGAGGCGUGGCAGGUCUGGGCUGAUGACACAGCACACCUCAUUGCUUCUCUUUUGAGGGACAUCAGCGGUGCAUCCUGGUUGACAAACGUCCAGCACAUAGAGCAUGUGAAGUCAUAUGCACCUCAUGUCCACCAUGUUGUGUUGGACCUGGAGUGCAGACCUGUGUGAGCUGAGGAACACAGAUGCAGAGAGGACACAGGGACUCUGAACUUUUUAAUGCACUGAAGUUGCUUAUUUAAAAGAAGAAAUAGGUCGAGGAUUCCAAGAGAAAGACUCCUGCUGGUUUCUAUGAUUAUUUUACUUGUCGGUUGGUGAAAUCUGCUGCUCCAGUGUUUUUCUAAAACCUCGGGCAGGUUGAGCAUUAAUGCAUGUUUUUUGUUGUUUCUUUCUUUUUCAAAAACACUCAUGCAAUUUUAAUUACAUGGAGGCUGCCCAGCUUUACCCCAACCACAGCCUUAUCUGCCUUAUCUGCCUUAUCUGCUGACCGGAGAACUUAACUGGAGCAUUAGUAGGUAAAGGGUUAAAGGAACCUCACUGUUCGUUAAACUGGUGUUUGGCUGAAAUGAAAAGGUGUACGCCCAGACAUAACUCACAUUCCCUGCACCACUGUGCUGAAAUAUAUAGUAAAUAAUAAAUACAGGAGCAUCCAAAACUCCAAUGUUCUGACUUUUUAAACUACAGGAUUUGUAUAUAUGGCUUCGAAAGGCAAGUCACCUUGAGAAAUUACUAUUCAUUUUUACAUGAUGGUUUCACUUCUGAGCUGUAGAACAGUUAUAAAUUAAAGAAAAAACGCUCACACACUCGUGAGAAUUGGCAACGAUGUGAAUCAUAUGAUCUGGUCUUUUCACGCAUCAGAUCUAAACCCAGUUGAACAGCUAAAGCAGAUUUUGGAAUCCAAAUAAGGGAAAAUCUUCUGGUUGAACGGCGUUCAUCCGUCCAGUAGUAAUCUAUGCCAAAGAGCACUGAGGCUCUGAAAAUGACUUGUGGUGGAUUAACAUGUAUUUGAGACAGUUGAUGCUGUUUUUCUGUUGUCAUCCUUCUGCAUCUGCUGUGGGGGAAUCAGGAGGUGAAUGUAGAUCCAUGUUAGACUGAUAAGGUUUGAUUUAUGAGUAUUAUCAGUCUUAUGGAAAUACAAAGUCUCCAGGAAUAUCCAGGGCUAUGUCUUUUUAUACGGUCUAUAUAUUAGGGCGGGGCAAUACGGCUAAAAAAUGGAAAGAUAUCGAUUUUCAUAUCAGUCGAUUACGAUAAUUAUGAUUAAUGUCACUUUAUUAUUUCUUUUAUGUUAAAAGACUGUUUUUUGCUCCUGAGUUAAGGUUAUAGUUUUAAACUCUUCCUUAUGGGCAGAGAAUGACACUGUAUAAGCAUAUAUAUUGUUAUAUUUCUAUUGAUGAAAAUUAUAUUAGGAUAUUUACUGAUAUUGUUGUAUUGCUCAGCCUGAUUCUUUAGCAACUUGUAAAAGCUUUACAAUGACGAGAAGGAACAAUGUGGAAGAAAGUAGCUAAUUUAUAAUUUUUAUGGAAGGAGAUGUACUGGGGUUUGCUCAAAAUGAAAAUUACAACCACUUCAUUUAAACUCUUAAGACUGUUGUAACUUUACAGGUAUGGUGGCCCUGAAGAGCCAAUCACAAAGGCAAACAAGAAGAUACAAUGGCAAAUAGGGUUUGGCGAUUUGACAAAUAUGGACUCAGCCAAUUGUUAUACAACAGUAAACAAGAAUCCAUGACACAACAGGAAAAAAAGACAACUAUGCCAAAACACAACUUCAAAUGAGAAAACAGAAUUUUUUUAAAAAAAAACAAUGGCAAACAAGAAUACAGUGAUAAAUAAGAAAACUAUUUGUGUUGUGUUUUUUUUUUUAUUUGUUGUGGGGGGUUUUUAUGUGUUGUGUUUGUUGGUGUGUUUUCUGAUUCGUGGUUUGCACUUCGGGGGCCACCAUACAUGGAUGGAGAAGUGAUCCUUGCUGCGCUUGUCUGACUUUUGAGGAAAGAGAGAAAUAAAAGUCCCCUGCACUUCU